AGUGUCGCGUGCAGGCGUGCUGCGCCGUACAACAGCAAGAAAUACUCUCCCAGAGUCGGGUUUCGUGCUCGGUUUUUGGUGUGCAAUCCGUGGUGCGCGCUCGUGCGGUGUUGCCGACCAUUCCGACACAACAGCGACCACGUGCGGGUGCGUUCGUUUGCUGGGUGGAAAGUACAUUGUUUACACGCGUGGAUGUGCAGCAACAGUGUAUAUGGUUGCUCUGGAAGGUGCAGAAGAGUUUUGUGUUGCAGUUUUUAGUGAUUUUGUGGAUCUAAUACCAAAGCAAAAGGCUUUUCGUUGCGACAAAAAUAACAAUCAAUCGCUGACUAGCAUAUAAGUGUUUAACCAACGAAUUCACUCUCCCAUUGGCACCUAGUAAAUGACUUGCUAAACCCUACAACAAACAUUAACAUAAAAGCAUGACAGAUUUUCAUCUAAACGAAUCGUUUUUCGAUCCGUAUCUAUUAUCACCAAGCCUCAAAUAAAUUCACCGUAAACUCCCCCUCCGUUCGGUACGGUACUGUGUCUCUUCGGUGUCGCCCGGACACGGAUAAGAUCAACAGGAACGCCGCCGAGCCGUUUUGCUGCCCAAUCGGGUGCAUUAUGCAUCGUAAAUGGAGCUAUGAAUGUGAUUAGCAUUUUUAUGCCAUUUUGCUGCUCCGAACGGCAGACCGACCCCGAAGCAGAUGGAUUUUCUCGUUACGCUGCCAACGGUGCUAGGUGGCGUACUAAGUGAAAGUGGAACGCCACAGCACGUCCCGUGAAGUGAAGAAAGUGACAGUGACAGUGUUACGCUCGCCAAGCAUAAGGCAGUUGUCCAGCCGUUCAGUGAAACAUUGGUGAAAAGUGCAAUGAUUUCCAACCGUAACAGUGCCCACCAACGCAGACCGCACAGAGUGCACAAGUGAAAUAGGUGCACAAGCACAAGUGAGUGAGUGAGCGAGCGCAGCGCCAUUUUUUCCCUCUAUCCCGAACGGAAUGUGUCGAGGGGUAGCGAGCCGGUAACGACGCCGGGCCGGGACGACGAAAUCGAACCGAAAGUGCAGACGCUGAAUUCGUCGGGCAUGUCCUUGAAGCGGCUCGCCGUCAUAUCGGCCGUCGGUUCGCACAACAGCUUCAACAAUCAGACCAUCUCGUACAUCAGCUCGUACAGUGGGGCGAGCGGGAGCGUGGAGCAGGGCGUCAUCGUUGGGCACGGUUCGGGCGGGUCGGGCAGUCUGCGCACCGGUGGCCACCACCAGGGACUGCAGACGAUGCGCCCCGGGGCGAAUCUGCACGGCAAUGUGAACAUCAUGCUCGGCGGAGCGAUGCUAUCGGUGGUCAUCACGGUGGUGUGCUUCGUCUGCUACUGCUGCCAUCGGAACAUAAAGAAGCGCUCCAACUCUCUCUACCGCCAGCAGUGGCUCGACGCGGACACUAACAUGGAAAUCUACAGCGUGGAACAGUGCUACGAUCCACCGCCGAACGGGACGUCGUCGGGUGGCUUUUUUAUGGACGGCAGCAGCAGCACAGCCGGCGACUAUCAGUCGCUCCCGACUAUGAUCACCGCCAGCGCGAGCGCAAUAAAUCAUACCACCGGCCACCAUCAUGCACAGUAUCCAUCCUACCAUCAGCAGCAACAUUAUCAUCAGCAGCAGCAGCAACAUCAUUACCAGUACACACCGUACCCGAACGGUCCACCGCCCUCGUACGAUACGGUGGUCGCCCAGGACGAGCUGCUGGCAUCGCGCCGCAAGCGCGCCUACGAUGCGCUCCCCGCCGACGACACACACCACACACAGGAGGAGGAGGAGGACGUUGGGCAGUCGUCCUCUCGCCGCUGCUCCAACCACGAGCUACACGAGUGUGAUAAACAAUCGGUCUAUGCGGACGGUGCGACACCGCUUCUGCUGCCGAAGACAUCUCGCCCGCCCGGGAACGGUGACGUAUCGGUAGCGUCAAUCGUGCGCCGCCCUUACAGCGAUGAUCCGGAUGAACCGACGCUCUGCCGCAGCGUCGUCGAACCCGACUGGAGCGAGGAGGGCGAUCACCAUCGAACGAGCUGCAACUGUCCCGCGGUGGUGGCCACCAGCGGCGGUGGCGAAGGUUCCAUUGCCGGCCCGCCAAUUUACUGUCGUAAUUGUGGUUACUUUGUAGCGACCGGCUCGCCAGCGCUGGAACGACGGCACCACCGUCGCAGCCACCGACGGAACCUCCCAAUCGAACGGACGCGUAACGAGACACUCCUAGUCGAUUAUGAGACUCCAGCCAGCGACGUUGUCAAUCGAAACAAUGUCACCGAUGAUGGCGGUACCGGCCAGACGGUGGACACGGUUGACAUUGACAUGCGGACAACAAUGCAGAUGGUAGCGUCGUCUUCGACCGGCCCCUCCCGCCGGUUCGAUACGAUGAACAACAACAACGCCAGCAGCAAUAGUGCGGCUAAUGAAACGCAAAGCUCUCCAGCUGCAUCGAAUUUAUCCACCGCGCCACCACCACAACAAUCAUUAGCCAGCACGGUAAGCAGACGGAGCAGUAGCUUCUUCGGUGCAGCAAACAGUGCAAAUAAUAACAUCAUUAUCGAUUGUUCGGUGGUGAUUCAUGGUGACGCUGCUCCCGUGACCGGCGACAUCAUCCAUCAGUGUCCAAACACGUCCAAUCAGUGUUGCAAUCAGCUCGAUAGUUACUUACAACCGGGAGCCGGGGACAGCAACGGCAACACCGAUACGGCCGUAGCGCCGGUCCAACCCGCCGCCACGGGUCCAUCGUCGUCCGGAUCGCCGGGCAGUUUGCUGAACGAGAACGGUUUGGUGCGGCUAGACAUGAGCCAAAUCAUCGACAACACCGGUCUACCGACGUACGAGGCGGCCUUAAAGCUCGAGUCCAGUGGGUACGUGUAGAACAACGGAAAAGUAAAGCACACACACACACUUAGGGGAAAAAAACAAUUGGAACACCAAAACAACACUUCGAAAAACACAUUUUAACAAACACAAUUUAAUGGCCUUUUAGGGAGUAGAGCUUCGUUUUGCUUGUUGUUGAUGUAUAGGAAACCUCUUGCACCCACAAAACAUUAGCAUUGUGUAUCACUACCCUUCAACAUUGUGAAGUGGCGGCCAUAUCUUAUCACAUUGCGUGGAUGCAUAUUGGUGGUAGCGCCCGCAACAACUCCCGCCAGGCAGUAGUAGAAAGAUUCUGAAUUAUUUUUUUGUGAAAUAUGUAGUGUGUGUGAUGAUAGGGUGUCUAAGUCCAAACGAAUGGAAAGCAAUCAAGAUGCAAGGCUGGGGAGUUUUUACAUGAUUGAAAGGUUUUGGAAAGAAAGGGAACUACUGGUGGAAAAUGCUUUAAUACUACGACUUAACUCCCUCAUAAAGAACUUUUCACAAUGAGUUUUAGUGAUGGUGUUAAGAUUCUUGCAAGAAAUUAUAAAACAAUAUGUUAAAUGUAUGUUUUCAAUGAAGAACUUGAUGUUAGUAGUUGAAGAAUAAAGUAUCCUUUUGUUUGGAAUAUCUAAUGCUCUAUUAUUAUGGGUUUUCCGAGUCAAUUUCGAAUGUAAACAUUGUUAUUCACCGCAUGCAAAAUGUUGUUCCACAUCCAUCUGACUUUUCAUUUCCAUCAUAAUAGUUUCUAUUUUCUUCAACAUUAUUUUCAACACGGCUCAAGCUGGAUUGAGUUUGACAGUUCCUUGCUAUGUGUUGAAAAUCAUGUGUAAAAACUGAAAUUUCAUUUUGAAGUUAAUAUACCAUUUGAAAGCUGUUGAAAAACAACUUGAAUGCGAUGAAUAGUUAUGUGCACAUUUGAAAGUAACUUGGAAACCCCGUAAACCUAUUGACAGCUGUUGAAAAACAUCUUGGAUGCGAUGAAUAAUAAUUUUUACGUUCGAAACAGACAUCGAAAACUCUGUAUAUUAUGCUGAGUUCACGUGCUCUUUUGACCGAUUGCUUAAUUAAGACCUUUAGAUAGCAAUUGUUGCCGUUCUAUUGCAUCUAGGCCGUAUUGAAAGAGAAUUUGAGAUAUAAUUAGAGUUACCGAUAAGUUCCGAGCACUACAGCAACAGUUUAAGGCCACAAUGCAGUUGUAGCUUCGGCUAGAUGUUCAUCGAAAGGAACGGUUUUAAUUGCAAUUAAACUGAUCACUUCAUCAGACAAGCUUCCUUCGAAUAAUUGCUUCUAUUUUUAUAGCCUUUAAUGCACGAAUUUGAUGCAAGAGCAUUCAAAAGGAUUGGAAACAACCUUUGUUGCAACAGUUGAUACGUAUUGUUCUUCCAGAAAUAGGCAAUUAAAUUCGUUGUACAUCUCUUUACUCAACUGCUUUUGCUCGCAAGGUUGAUAAUCAACCCUUUACGAUUGACUUAAUUUUUAGUAAAAGAACCUUGAAGCACUCUCCAAUAAACCAUUUCAAUUGUGUAAAAGCACCUUAGUAUCCUGCAAUCACGCAUCAUGAAAGUUGAUUAAGUCUCAUAUUUUACGAAAAACAGCGCCACAGCGGGUAAGACAGGGCCAAGAUAGAACGGGGAAAGAAAAAAAUACAACCAGGGCAAAGAAUCGUAGGAUUGCAAAAAAAAAAUCCGCCACGUUGGAUGGGAGUAGAGGGGGAUGCAUCAGACAAGGUUUCAAACACGGAAAAAAACAAACAAAAACAAAAAGAAACCCAUCAUCAUAUCGUGUAUCCAUCAGCAACCAUCAACAAAAGAAAGGCUUUAAUGUUGUACUGUGUAGUACUGUAAAAUAAAUGUAUAAUGUUUCCAUACUAAUAAAGUGUGACAUAACUGUG